CCAAGCUCCGAAAUAAUCUGUAGAUCUCUGAAAUUCUGGAUCUGAUUUUCUAAUCUUUUUAGCCAUCUCCCUGGAACAUAUUAACUACUACUCUCAUUCCAUGUUCACUCUAAUCUACAUCAUUCACAUUCUCCUACCAGAAUUUUGGUGAGUUCACUCUUAGAAUUCAAGGAGAACCAACCCAUUUUGUUUAUCUGCUUUACAAAUCCAUUUCUACUUUCCUAUGCUGCGAAAAAAGAACUGCAACUUUGAUGAUCAACAUCUGUUUAUGCUUAGUUUUGUGGAUUUGAAUCACAAGUUAUUAUCCUAAUUUGUCAGUCCAUCCGAUUGCGUAUCUGGGAAUGGUUAAUUUGCAUAAUCUCGAUGCUUUUCAGCUGGAUUUGAAUUAUCAUGAAUAAUUUUUCAUUUGGGACAAGCAGUCCUAAAUCCUUCAAUGCAUAUCCACGGGGUGGCUUUGAUUUAGAAUCAGGAACUACUAAAAGAGCCAGGAGUAGAAAAUCAUCAUUUUACCUUGUUAGAAUGAUCAAGUCCUGGGGUAACCAGCUUCAUUACUAUUACAAGCGGCACCCACUCUUUGUUUUCUGUAUUUCCUUGGCAUUUGGGGUUACAUUCCUCAUAGUUUUAUCUCUAUAUGAGCACCACUAUAGGGCGCUGAGUAAUUAUAUGAAACUUGAUAAUGGUUUUGGUGAUAAUUAUCCAUUUGCCAAGCUUAAGAAUCUUGUAAUGGUUGCUGGGCAUUCGGUUUAUACUAGUAAUAGUUGUGAAAAAGUUGAUAAGGAGGAUUCUUGGUUUUUAGAGUCUUAUCAGAAGAAUCCAGGCCAGGCUGCAACCUUUGUAGCUCACAUAAAGGAAGGGAUAGAAAGCACCUCACAGGAUGAUGAGGCCUUGCUUCUGUUUAGCGGUGGAGAGACUCGCAAAGAUGCUGGUCCUCGGAGUGAGGCACAGAGUUACUGGACAGUUGCUGAAUCCAAAGGAUGGUUUGGGAAGGAAGAAAAUGUUAAGUGGAGAGCACUAACAGAGGAGCAUGCAAGAGAUAGCUUUGAGAAUAUUCUCUUUAGUGUUUGUCGGUUUCGAGAGCUUACUGGGACAUACCCACACAACAUAACUGUUGUAAGCUACGAUUUCAAGGAAGAGAGAUUUGCGCACAUGCAUCGCACUGCAAUUGGGUUUCCGGAGUCGCGGUUCUUCUACAGAGGCACCCCAGCUUCAGCAACUUCAAUAGAAGCGGCUUUGAAAGGUGAGGCAUUGGUGAGGACUCAAUUUCAAGAAGAUCCAUUUGGAUGUAUGGGAUCACUUAAGAGGAAAAAACUAGGCCGUGAUCCCUUCCAUCGCUCAAUCCCAUAUCCUAAAGGAUGCCCGGAAAUUGAAGGACUGUUUAGAUAUUGUGGGGCUGCUCCUUAUCGAGAUCCUCUGCCGUGGUCGGUAUAAAGUUCCAAUGACAUUGUCAUCACCCAACUCGCACUUUAACAGAAAAUUAAUGAAUCAGGUAAUCGGAACUUGAGUUCUUAUGGUAUCUUCUUUUUCAAUUAAGAAUCUGAAAUCUAGAAACCAUAGACCAGGUCAUGUUAUGCUCUUCUGCUUGUACGUUUGGUAUCCAUUAAUAAUUUCCAGAGAUAAAAUAGAA